AUGGCCCCUACUCGUGCCCCUGCAAGCUCCAGGGGUGCAAGCUGAGCGGCGCGCGCGCCACCGCCGGUUCCUUCACGCUCAAGCUCCCCCCUCAGCUGCCCACGGCCACCCUCAUACAUGCCACCAGGUAUGCAGCACACUAUACUGGUGCCAUACAUCCCCACCCAUGAUCUCCCUUCCUAGCCCUCCUAGCGCCGCCCCAUCCAUCGUCCCAUGCUCUCCACUUGCGUUGCGUUGCUUUGCUUUGCUUGACCUGAACUUUGCUGCUGCUGCUGCUGCUGCUGCUGCUGCUGCAACACAUUCAUGUACAUGUACAUGUAAGCGACGCCCGCUGCCCUCUUUGCCUGCCUGCCCGCCUGCCUGCUGCUGCUGCUUACCAUACAUACCGCCGUACGAGCGAGCGCCUGCCACGCUUCCAUCAUCAUCAUCCGCCCACCCACCCACCUUCCUCACCCUCUUCCUCUCUCAUACACCCUCUCCCCCAACCUAUUUUCUUUCCCCUUUCCCCACCCACUCCUCCCGCCUUGAGCAACAAACUCCGCCAUGGAUACCAUGGGCAUUACGUCCCGCGAACAGCUCGAGCUCCUGCGCAGCUCGGCUUUCGAGUCGGAGCACGCACAGCUCUACGACACCUCAUAUAUGGAGCAUGAAACCGCCGCCCGCGCCCUCGAACUCGAAAUCGAACACUCGCUCGCCAGCAUCUCGCCCGACGAGAAUUCCGACGAACACCGCCGUGUCAUUCGCACCCAAAUCACCAUCCACAGAGAGCGCCAGCGCGCCCUACGCCCGCACCUGGAGAGUGGAAGUGGGAGAGAGGAUGAGGAGGGGAACGAGUGUGUCUUCAUCCCCGCCCCCAACCACUGGGGCGCCAACGGCGACCUGGACGAGGAGAGCGGAAGUUUAUCUUCGGUGCACAACCUCCUCACUUGGCAGGCCGGCUAUUCCCCCAUGACAUACACACCCAUGUGGGAGGAGUUGCCGUCACCGGAUAUCCCAUACUACUCCAUGCUCGACCCCGCCGCCCCUCCCAUCACAUACCACCUGCACCGCACACGUGAAUGGUCCACUUCGGCCUGCCGCAAAUUCAUCUACACGGCACGUGAAUACUCGGAUAAGUACUCCCUCUACCAGCUCGAAGCUUCCCACCGAGGCGACAACCAAGUCACCGCCGCCGACUUCUUCCGCGUGGCCGAAUACCCUCAACCCGCCAUCUCCAUUCUUUUCUCCGGCAUCGACAAGCAGCGCGACGCAAAAGCCGCCUACAAAUCCCGCUGCAUCCACCUUCGAGGCCCCUUCUCCACCCCCAUCAAGGAGUACCCGGAUCGCCAGAACAAGAUCCCCUGGUCCCCACGCCGCUUUACCUAUGGUGGACGCCGCUUCGUCUGGAAGUCGGGAGAUUCGCACGAUGAUGUCAUGCCCGAGACCCUGUACGAAUUCCAGCGGGACUGGGCAAAACCAGGGAGCCGCAGCGGGAAGCGAAUGGACGACGCACGCCCCAUCAAACUAGUCUGGGGCGAGAAGAAGAGAAAAGGCAAAGUCGAGAGCUACACGAUCCAUUUCGCUGGCGGAAUCGAUCAAGUCUUCCGAGAGCUGCUGCUGGCUAGCCAAAUGGCCAGGCAAGUAUGCUUGUUCAGCGCCAUGGAAUAA